AUUUCUUUUCAUUAAUCAGCAUAUAUUUGUCAUAAUUGCACUCUUAAACAAUCGAGAAUUUUAUUAUCAUUAAAAUUUGUUUCUAAUCAUCAAAUUGUGGUGGACAAUUAAUUAUUGAUUUAUAUUUCUUCGUCCCUUUGUCUAUAUGUAAUGUUAUGGAUGAGUUAAAUCAAAUCCUUAUCGAUUAUCCAGCGCCAUUUUUCUUUACAGAAGGCGAAGUCACCUUUCUUGUUAUCAUUUUUGUCACUGUGAUUGUUUUAGCUGUCCUCGGGAAUACAGUAGUCUGCAUCUUAUUACGUUUUCGUUAUUGCAGUACCUUCAAAUGUCUACGAACACUGUUAGGACGUAGUAAAUAUUCCACGUUCAUCAGAUCCUUCAACAGUAAUCAUAAUAAUAAUAACAAUAAUAAUCUGAAUAUUGUUCAUAAUGAUAAUCCUAAUAAUAUUGAUCCAUGGGUUGAUGAAUGUCCAAGUAGUCAGCAUGAAUGUAGCUGUGGUAAAACCUGCAUAGUACAGAAUACACCUCGAUAUGUGGUCUUCAAGUCAACACAGAAAUCCCAGCAGCAGCAGCAGCAACAACACCAACAACAUCAUCCGCCUGGCACUCGAAAUUAUGCUGGUUCUCUUACAGUGACAACUCAUUUCCCUGCAUUCCCUACAGCGGAUAAACGUGGAAGUCUGUUAACCAACUAUGGCAAAUUACAAGCGAAUUAUACCACGUCUUCUUCCUCGUCCAAGGGUGGAAUGCGUAGCACCAGUAUAACAAGUCUGUUCUUAUUCAACCUGAGUCUCGCAGAUAUCCUAAUGGCAGUGUUGUGUAUCCCAGUGUAUGUUUUCACAGAGAUUAUCUACCUAUCUUGGCCACUUGGUGAACCCUUAUGUAAAAUUGUCCCUUAUGCACAAGGUGUCAGUGUAUUUGUCAGUGCAUUGACGCAUGUAUUAAUCUCAUGGGAUCGAUUUAUUCUUGUCUUCUUCCCCCUACGUCCUAGAAUGACACAUCGUAAAGCUGUUUGCCUACUAGUUGGUGUCUGGAUUUUAGCACUAAUCAUCCCAUUACCUGUACCAAUUGUUAAUCAUAUAAUGGAAAGAGAGAAUAAGACAUUUUGUCAAGAAGAUUGGAGUCUUCUACUGGCUACAAUACAACAGACCACGGGGAAUAAUUUUACAGAUUAUGAACCAAAUAAAAAUGAAAUAUCUAUCAAGUUAUUUGAACAAAUAGUCACUAUAAAAGUAGAUGUCGUCUACACAAUACUCCUUAUGAUUCUACAGUAUUUUUUACCGUUAGGCGUUAUAUGCGGAACAUACACGGCUAUAGCACUUCGUGUGAAUCGUUUAAAAACUCCAGGGGAACGUGAUAGUGCUAGAGAUCAAAAGUUGACUAGAGCUAAACGGAAGGACCUGUGA